UUUUCACACACAUACUCGGGAAUCGUUUGAAUCAACAAGUUGUCUGCCAAGCAUGGACAACAAAACCUUUAAGCUGCCCUUGGCGGAACGUAUGGCCCAUCUCGCGAACAAGGAGUUUUUCUCGGAUGUAUUCUUCCGCGUUGGUAUCUCGGGUGAGAUUAUGUACGGCCACAAAGUGAUCCUCACGGUUGCGAGCGAAGUAUUCUACGCCCAGUUUAAUGGACACUUUGCGGAAUCCCAUCAGUGUACUCGCGAAAAUCCGGUCGUUGUGGAUGAUAUCGAACCAUCCGUUUUCAGGGAAAUAUUAAACUAUAUGUAUGGUGGAAAAGUAAAUAUUUCAACUGAUAACGUGCUGGACAUCUAUUAUGCCGCUCAGAAAUACAUGCUGACCGAGCUGGACGGGAUGUGCCAAAAGUUUUUCAUCAGUAAAAUCAGCGAUGAAAAUGUGUUGAAGCUAUUCAAUCAGAACCGCCGAUACGAGUUUUCGAAAAUCAAUGCAAAAUGUCUGGAUGUGAUUUGGGAUAAUCCUAUCAAGUGUUUUAAACAUGAGGAUUUCUAUACUCUGGAGAAACGAUCACUGGAGCUGAUUAUUCGUACCAAGCAAAUAAACUGCCGGGAGGAUCAUCUUUUGGAGGCGAUCCAAAGUUGGCUCAAAGUCAACGAAUUGCAAUAUCAGGAUGGAAUCAAUUUGGCGGACAUCGUGCGAGAGGAGAAGAACCGCCAACUGAAGUGCAAGAAGCUGCACAAUUACUGUUCGUUCCAGUAUGUGCCGCAGAUAAAAACGGAUAUUAGUGUUACCGCGACGAGUCCGCAGUGUUUGUAUGGGCUAGGAAUUUUCGUCAAACCGAUGAGUUCAUUCCUAACCACGCAUUCGGUUGAUGUUCAUAUAAAAGUUGAGCACGUAAAUCGUUCCGAGGUUCCGGAUGUUAUAUCGUCUUUUGAAACAGUCAAAACUAUCCCGGUUUUGUUCGAACUGCACAUUGAAGAAAUAAUUUUUGAGAAAAUAAUCAUCGACGAGCAUUCGGUAUGCAACAUAAACGUUAGCAUAAAUGACAAGGGAAAGAACACGCUGAUGUUCUGCUUACAAGACUUUAAAUCCAUCGAUGAGUUAUCGGUAUCUUUGAAGGUGAGCAAUUUGGCGCAAGCAAUAAAUAGCAAUUGCAUAGCGUAUUUGCUGUACGAUUUUAAGGCUCGUGCUUUUGAUGGGGUUGUGGCGGCAUUUGCAACGCUGAGUCCUUUUGAACGCACUCUAAAACGCAAUGCCGACAAAUGAUUGGUACACCUGGUCUGUUACUUGGUACUUCAUUGUUAAACGAACGUUUUUAAUCUUCAACUAUUAAAUCAAAAGAUAGAAUAAUAAUAAAAAACAUGUGAUA